AGUUCCCCGCGGCCGCCGCCGCCUGUAACCUGCGCUGCCAGGAUGUGGCUGGGGGCUGACGUCGGGUCCAGAUGUGGCCCCGGCCCCGCCCACCCCCGGGGCCGGGCCGCCCACACCGAGCCGCGGCGCGCACGGCGGCUGUCCCGCCUGCCACAAUGCGCGGCGAGGCUGCGGCCGCGACUUGGCGAGGUAGUCCCUAACGUCGCUGCUCGGCAUCCUUAGGACAGGCCGCCCCUGACGCCGCGCGGGGACCCCACUGGCCCGCACCCUCCAUGCGUUCACUCUUUGGUGCCCGGCCGGGCGGGCGCCUUGCGGACGCGGAGCCGCGCGGGUGACGGCAGAGGCGGCUGCGCGCCCAGCCCAGCCCGCGGAGAGGGCGCGCCGCGCCCCCGCCCCCCGCCCGCUCUCGUGAGGCCGUGGGUGCGGAUGCGCCGCUGACGACUCGCAGCGACCAGCAGUGCCGCCGGCCCGCCGGCCGGAGCCCGCAGCAUGGCAGCCGCCGCCUAUGUGGACCACUUCGCCGCCGAGUGCCUCGUGUCCAUGUCGAGCCGCGCGGUCGUGCACGGGCCGCGGGAGGGUCCGGAGCCUGGACCCGAGGGCGCGGCCACCGCUGUCGCCGCCACGCUGCCCCGCGUCGAGGAGCGCCGCGACGGCAAGGACAGUGCCUCGCUCUUCGUGGUGGCGCGGAUCUUGGCGGACCUUAACCAGCAAGCACCGGCGCCCGCCCCGGCGGAGCGCAGAGAGGGCGCCGCGGCCCGGAAGGCGAGGACCCCCUGCCGCCUGCCGCCAGCGCCGCCACCCGCCCCCGAGCCGGCCUCCCCUGGCAGGGAAGGUGCUGCGGCCGCGCCCCUCAGCCCCGCGUGGAGCGAGCCCGAGGCCGAGCUCGAGGCGGGGCUGGAGCCGGAGCGGGAGCCAGGGCCCGCGGGGAGCGGCGAACCCGGCCUCAGACAAAGGGGCCGGCGGGGCCGAAGUCGCGCAGACCUCGAGUCCCCGCAGAGAAAGCACAAGUGCCACUACGCGGGCUGCGAGAAAGUUUACGGGAAAUCCUCGCACCUCAAGGCGCACCUGAGAACUCACACAGGUGAGAGGCCCUUUGCCUGCAGCUGGCAGGACUGCAACAAGAAGUUUGCGCGCUCGGAUGAGCUGGCCCGGCACUACCGCACACACACCGGCGAGAAGAAGUUCAGCUGCCCCAUCUGCGAGAAGCGCUUCAUGCGCAGCGACCACCUGACGAAGCACGCGCGCCGCCACGCCAACUUCCACCCGGGCAUGCUGCAGCGGCGCAGCGGGGGCUCGCGGACCGGCUCCCUCAGCGACUACAGCCGUUCGGACGCCAGUAGCCCCACCAUCAGCCCGGCCAGCUCACCCUGAGCCAGGCCGCUGCCCCGCCCCCAGCAGCACAGCCCCGGCCGCCCCUCUGCGGCGCCCCGCCCACCCCUCCAUCGGCUACCCGGCCACCCCACACCCCCCCGUGCCCCGCCCUGCCCCUCCCAGGGGCCCCACCCCACCCCUCCGCGGGUGCCCCGCCCCUCCACGGGGUCGCCAACCCCUCCGCGGGCGCCCCGCCCCAGGGCUGGCCGAGGACACUCCGCCCCCACUACAGCCAUGAGCAGAUGCUCGCCCUUCCUCUACUGAUGCCGUGUCUUUUCCUUUUGUAAUAAGAAAGAAGAGAUAACUUUAUGAAGUCAGUAACAACACAAUUUCUUCACCUCAGGUGUCAAAAGUAAAUUUGUAAAAAAACAAAAAAUUUUCAAAAAACACCAUCCACAAAUUGCACAAUAGACAUACCCACAAAGGUGAGAUUCAGUGGUGUUGAACCCCUCCCCCCCCUUUCUCAGGGAUGGACAUGUUCCACGAGGUCAGUGAGGACACCCCCUUCCUGCCGCCUUACUCUGUAUAUAGAUUUGCACUCUGGAGUUUUCUGUUAGGUUCGGGAACACACUGGGGACAAAGGAGAUGGAGCAGUGCAGGUGGGGCUCAGCAUCCAGCCUGUGGGUCAGUUGAUCAGUCACUUCUGAGCAGACACGGUCACUGACAUUUGCUUCCAGGCCAGAUUCCCAAGCAGGGGGCCUCCCAGCUGCCAGCUUCUGCCCCAGCAGCCCGGCCAGGCUCAGGACAUAGAUGAUUCAGAGGGAUGCCUUAAGCUGUACCGGGCAAAAGAAGCACUCCACCUGGGGAGACCACAGAAAUGCCUGCCUUGUGCGGGGGAGGCCCUGCCUAUCUCCCUCCCCUGCCUCCAGGAGCCUAUUUCGGGGCCUCUCAGAGCACUGAGAGUAGAGAUGUAAGUCUCGGCUGGUCAGUCCAGUGCACCAUCUGAAGUCCGAUGUGAUGGGUCCCGGGGCCACAUUUGCCCAGCCCUUGGCCUGCCUGAGGUAUGUGCCCUGUGGAGGGACACCUGGUCGUCUGUGUCCUGCAGAAGGCACAUGGAGACCUCUCACUCAGCCACGUUCUCUGACUGGAAAACAAAGCCUGGGAAUCCUGGUCUUCAGAGACGUCUGAAAGUGUCUUCCGUGCCUCUAGUUCUUGUGUUCUCCUGGAUGGCCCUGGUCUCAAGACACCUUUGUUUGCAACCGUGGGGAAGGUCGUUGGGCCACCUGGCCAGAGGCCCAGUGUAUGUGGCCGUGCACGUGGCAGCGCUUGGUGCUUCACAGAGACAGUUCUGUAGCAAGAGACCGGAACAUUGUGACUUGGAACUUUUCGGGAGUGGUAAAGCAGAUGUUAAGGGAAAUGCUGUCGGAGAAUGUGCAUUCUGUUUCCUCCCUGGGGAACGCCAGACAGAAAGUUGUGGGAAAUACUUUGCUCAGACCCACCGUGUUCCCAGCUCGGAAUUAGCAAACCUCCAGCUUCUCCAUGAGCUUUGCACCCCCUGGACUAAUUUCUCCCUUUCCCUCCCAUUUGUCCCCUCCUGCCCGGGAGGAUCCAGCCCACACCUGCUCGUGGGGGCAUUGGGGUUUAGGGGCUCUGUCGCCGGCGUUCUCCUGCAGGGAGAGGAAGAGCAGAGAGCCAAGCGGUAUCUCUGGUAGCCCCCGCCUGGGCUGGGCCGGGCUUUGAGCACUGGCACGGCAGUUGGGCUGGACUCCAGCGUGCUGCUGCUCAGCCACGUUUGGAGGUUACACCUCAGUGCUGCUGCCCAGGCACCUCCCUUCCCUUCCUCCUGAGAGUCGGGGCAUGUAAAUACAAGCCCCAGGACAGUGUGUGCGUAUGUGUGUGUGUUGGGUGGGGGGUGUGGGUUUGGGGUGGACCUGGGGUAUCUUGCAGAGACCUCUGCUCAUUUUGGUGAGGAGGAAUGACCCUCGGGACCUCAGAGGGCUAGAGAUGGGCUUCCUGGGCCCAGAGUGCCUUGGUUGUGGCCGUCCUGCUUCUGUCCCCACCUUUUCAUGGCGUGGGCUGCAGCACAGAGACCCAGGCAUGGCUGGUGCUCACAGCCCUUGGCCCCGGCUUUAGGCUGGUACCCUCUGCCCAUGGUGAGCACAAGAGUACAGUCUGCUUUCUGCAACACUUGGGUACCCCUUGCGAAUUCUGUUGUGAGUCAUCUGGGCUCAGCCAGUGGCAUGGUGGUAGCCUCUGAGUGGCGUGUUAGGUACCAAGCUGGGCGGCAGCGUUCUUGGUGUGGGUGGAAGCCAAGCGGGGCUGGGGGGGUCAGGUGCAGAGCUGCUGGCCCUGGCCACGGUGCCCCGUUUGGGCUGCAUGACAGCCAUGCUUGCAUUUGAUCUGGGGGAGAGAGUGGAAGAUCCUAUAGAGACCUGGACAGAAGAGCGCCCUGAGUGCUGAGGGUGAGAGGCCUUGGUGCCCAGUUCCAAAGUGAGGCCCAGAAGGCCCUUGGAGGCUCCUCCCAAAGUCGUUUCUGUGUGAGGCAUAGAAAGCCACACUGAAUACAUUUCAUGUCUCAGGAACUCACAUUCCAGGUUCAGGAAUUUUAUUCCAAAGUCCUUUGGUGUGCUCACCGUCCACGGGUCCCCGAAAGGCAGGGAGAGGGAGCCGUGUGUCUCUGGGAGGCCACGCAGUGCUGUCCCCUUGAGGAGCCAGGAGUCUCCUUGUGAUCUGCCCACUGGCAUCUCAGAAGGAGGGUUUCUAACCCCACAUCUGUCUGCACAUAGGAAGGGGAGUAAGGACUCUAAACCCAGUCAUCUUGGAAUAAAAGAAGAGCUGGUUUGUUUUAGAGGCGGGUGGGGGGUGGGGGAGGGAAAGCGGGUGUUUGCUGUUUCCAAAGAGAGCACUUAAUUUAAUUUUUCCUCUAAAUGACCCAGGGCUGUUCCAUCAGAUAGAUGGAAGGGUAACAUUGCCUUAAAACAGAAAUAUGCAGGCAUUGGCUAUUUUUGGCAAAUGAGUGUGUCUUCAUUCCCAAAGUGGUUCUGGUCUAAUGGCAGGGUGCGGUCCUUCCGCUGUGGGCCUGGCCGGAGAGAUGGGGCACUGCUCAGCUGACGUAGGGCACCUGGAGGGAAUUCCCACCUGGCAUCCCUGGGCACUUGGCCUGGAGCUCCGGUUGGACCAUCCUAACUCACCUGGGGCUAGAAUUCAUCUCACUUGAAGGGUGGGGGGAAAGAUCCAUGAACCUCAGGCAAGGUUUAAAUGGGCUCUCACCGGCAUCUCAUCAUCAUGAAAUGAGUGCUCCUGGAAGGGGGUGGUGGGCCUUGGAAAGCGACUCCCCAGGGCCCCCCACUGGAAGUAGUUAAUGGAGCGGGCCCUCCUGAUACAGCCUGCAUUUUCUUCUAAGAUGUAGAAUGUCUUCCCAGCCUGGGUCUAUUUCAGGGUCUUUCAUUUUUCUGGUUUAUGGCCAUGCUUACUGGCUUCAGUGUGAUUGAAGAGCCCAUAGGACUCCUAGACAGAAUAGUGAAAACUGAAACCUUUAUUUUGUAGCAGACUUAUUCUCACAGGCCAAGGGGGCAGAGAUCUCAAAAUGAAGGUUGCCUGAACACCCGGAGGAUUUCCUCCAAAAAGUCCUAAAAGUGACCCAGGACUCAACCAUCAGGGGGCUGGUGUUUAGAUCACAUCCCAAAUAAGAAAGCCCCUCUUUGCAUCAGCCAUGUGAGGGAGCCAGUUGUCCCCUCCCCACAUGCCCAUGGAAUCCUACAGCCAUCCAGAAAGGAACAGGUGAACACAGCCGUUUCCACAAAGGGCCUCAGGGUCCUCUUCUACAGGGUGCUAUGUAGGAACAGGCAGCGAUGCCCUUGAUGGGAAUGUAGUCCUGGAGGGACCCUACCUGCAUCCCACCACACCCCCACUUCUGGCUCUGGAGGUGCAGGACACCGCCCACCCUGUAUUCCGAGGCCAUGCGACCAGGCAGGUGCAGGAUUUGCCACGGUGCAGCCUCCAGGUGCAAACAUCAGGGGCACUGGGGUCCCCGGAUCUCACUGUACCCUGGGUCACAGCUCAGACCAGUGGGUAGGGACUCGGAGGUAGGGACAGCCAGGCCACAGGUGGCCCCCCAGCCCACCUGUUGGGACAUGAAGGGAGGGCUGGUGGCUUCCUGUGGUCCCAAGUGAAGUGUGGCCGAGCUGGCGUCUCCAGGUGAGCUGUCUGCUGCCCGGCCCAGAGUCUUCAGAAGACGCAGCCUCCUUUCUUGCCAGAAGCAGGUGCUAAGCACAGGGUCGCAGCACUCCCCAGGGAUGUGAUCAGUGGUCUCAGCUAGCAGGAGUGCCACCUAACAAGCAAGCGGGAUCUGAGCAAUAGCAUCCCCUUGUCAUUUGACUCCUGGUAUGGGCUGUUCACAAGACUACCUGAUUAUUUUGACUUUGGACAGAUAGCACUGAUUUUUUUUUUCUUUUUAACCCAUUUUUAAAAAGUCAGUCAAAAACAGUGCUGGAAGGUUUAAAGGGUCUGAUGUAGCGGUUGCAUCGAAAACAGUAAGAGAUGCUUUGUUGGUCACCUGCAUAUUUUGCUACCCAAAGAUUCCAUAUGUGAUUCUGGUGACCAUGUUUUCCAAAGGUAGAAUCGAGGAUGUGGGCCACUUGCCGAAUGCAGGCUUGCCCAGGGAAGAGCCAGCUCUUGUGACUGACACUCCUGAUUCUGAGGCUCAAUUUCAAAGGUUUGAAACUGAGAAUUUUGUACAUUCCAGAGAAUUUUGUACCAGAAUUUGGAUGUGCAAUCCAGCUUACUACUGAUAAACGCCUGAACGUCAUUUAGGGCGAGGCCUUUCCCCCACCGCCUGCCCUGCCACUCACUGGUGUGAAGAUUAGGUUUGGUGGGAGCCGUGGCCCCAGAUCCAUGAGGGUGGAGGGGCCCUACUUGGUUUCUUCCGACCCCCUGUAGCAAUGUUGGACUUGCAGUGCGGCCGCUGGCUGGCUCUGCCCAGCCUCUCCCCUUCUCAUGCAGCUUUAAAACCUUACUACUUUUAUUUAAAGAUGAUCAGGAUGGGAGGCGAGUGGACCACAAGAGCAGCUUUCUCCCAGGGCUCAGGGGCAUUUUCCUAGUGACGUGUUGGCAGGAUGCUGUACAAGCUCAUGUAGAAACCCAAGUACGUGAGCUGAAUGCCGGCGAGACAACCACAGUCUGGCCGGAGGUUGACCGAUCCCCGCCCUGACCAGGAGCACAAAGGCUGGGUGUACCGGCAGGAUCCCUCCCCAGCCUGCCCUGUGUGUGGGGACCACUUCCCAGCUGGGCUCAAAUGCCACUUGAGGAGUGGUGUGGCAGCCAUUCCCGGGUUAGGGUGCCAGUGUGGAGUGGGGUGGGGCGGGUGGGCUCCCUCUCAUCCCCCCCUGGAGAAUCGCGUGCUUGGUGCCGAGGAACCCGAGGGCUCCGUGGCAUCACCAGGAGCUAUGCAUUGUGGGGAGGGGGGCUUGCUGUGUCCCCACAUAACCGGGAGUACCUUGUGUGGGUGUGUCAGGCACAUGAGUCGGCUACCCCCAGACCCACACAAAUGACCCCUUCCUCAUCCAAAGCCAUUGAUGGAGCCUCUCUGGAACCGUUUGCCAAAAUCCCAAGGCAGAAUCCAAGGGUCCAAGACCAUUUCCAUGGAGCACACAUUUUCCUUUUCUGUAGGAACUUUUUUCUUUUUAACCAGCACCACACCAUGCUUCUGAAGGCCACGUUUCAUCCUUCCUGGAUCACUACAGUGAAGUAUUACAGUUGUACAGUUCCCAAUCUGGCCUUGGCUUGCUCGGAUAAAACUUUGUAUGUAUUUUGUAUGGCAUAGAUUCUAUAUUGUAAUGAUGUCCUAUGCAAAAAGAAAAAAAUGACUAAAUUGUAAAUUUUAUUGUUUUAACGUGUAUGCAUGUUUAGUGACGUUUACAUUUUGAAAUAAAAUUUAUGAUUCAUUA